AUGACUCAUACCACAGAUGAAACAUAUGUUGCACAUGCAAGUUAUGAUGCUUGUCCAACCACACAACCAAUUUACAUGAGACAACAUUCAUCCAAACGACACAUUGCUGACACUGAUAAACAGAAUCAUGUCAGCGAGAUUUCAAAGAAACGUGGACGUAACGCUAACGAUGAUUUUAUAAGAUGUCCCAUUGCUCAAUUUGGCUGUCUCAAUGAAAUACUUUAUGAUGAUUUACAAGAACAUUAUUCAACCAAAGUUCAUCAAGAAUGUCUCUUAAAAGCUAUUGAAUAUUAUGUACGACAAUUACAUAGUGAACCUCAAAAUAAUCCUACCUUAUCAAACAAUGAAGAAAAUUAUUCUGAAAUAAUAGAUUCUGUAGAUAUGCUUGCUGAAGGACUCUCAUCAUUGAACGAUGCUAAUGUUCAAAUUCACCAAAAUGUCAUUCAACUUCAUAAUAAUAUUUUAGAACAACAAAACCAAAUAGAACAAUUGAAAAAUUCUGUUGAAGAAAGUUCUCAAUUUAUGCAUGCUAAUCAAAUAAAUACAAAUAUUUUACAAGCUGAAAUUGAAAGUCUAAGACAAAUGAUGAUGGAUUUGUCAAGUCAAUCAUCCAAUGAUGGGACUUUUAUUUGGAAAAUUACGGAUGUUGCGCAAAAGAUCAAUGAUUCUAUUUCGGAACGACAAACGAGUAUUUAUUCUCCACCAUUUUAUUCAUCACCAACUGGUUAUAAAAUGUGUAUGAGAUUGUAUUUUAAUGGUGAUGGUCAAGCACGACGAACACAUCUUUCACUCUUUUUUGUACUUAUGCGAGGAGAUUAUGAUGCUAUAUUAACAUGGCCAUUUUCUUAUAAAAUUACAUUUUGCCUUUAUGAUCAAACAAAUAAUCAGAAUCAUAUUAUUGAUUCAUUUCGACCAGAUAUUAAAUCAAAUAGUUUUCAACGACCAAAAUCAAAUAUGAAUAUUGCAUCAGGCCUACCUAAGUUUUGUCCUUUACCAGUUAUUCAACAAGAAAAUAAUCCAUAUGUACGUGAUGAUUGUAUGUUCAUUCGAUGUAUUGUUGAUUUUGGAUCAACACCUAAAACCAUGAUACCGUAUAUCUGUAAUCUCAAUAUGGGUUUACCAAAAACAAUUCAACAAACAAUGAUUCAAACAGAAACUGAAUGUCGCAACUUGGUAACAUCAACAUUAUCAAAUCCAGAGAAAGGUUCUACAAACAGAGAUAGUCUGAAUUAA